AUGUCGUUCAAGGUCAGACAGGCCCCCAUACUGGGCCUGAUCCCCGAGUCGGCCAACAACGAGCGGAUGCUGGACCAAGUCAGGUCGACCGGCAUCGAUCUCCACGAGCACCUCUUCUCGGACGAGGAACAGCGCUCGGCUUGUGCGAACGUGGCGACGACGCCGGCCGGUGAGUGUGACGGCGAGCGCGUCAUCGGCUUCGUUCUCUACUUCUUCGUUUUCGACCCGCUGACCCUCGAGCACGUGGCCUACAUGGAGGACCUGUACGUGCAGCCAGCGCACCGAGUUCGGGGCGUCGGCCUGGCGCUGUGGCGCUCGGUCGCCGAGCACGGUCUCCGGCGCUCGUGCGAGGUGCUCAACUUCGAGGUGCUCGACUGGAACGCGCCGUCGCUGGAGUUCUAUGCCAAGCCACCAACAUCACGCGAUCACGUGAUUACGAGAACCUGA